AUGGAUGUCGAGGGAGUCAACGUCGCCGAGCAGCGGCGCGAAGAGGAAGAGGUCGAGUUCAUUCUGGGCGCUCUGCCAUCUAUCUGGCACAACACACAAAAUGUGCUCAGAGACCUUGGCUACCAGAGGGAAGGCAACAAUGGCGAGCAACUCGACCAGCAAGAGGACAGGAGGCAUCAUCGACCACAGACAGACGGAGACUCGCUCUAUGGCGCUGCUCAAGGGCCACCAGGUUCGAAUGCGGCCACCGGUUCUGGGAAUAAGGAAGACGAAGAAAAAGUCUGUCGCAUGUGCUUCUCUUCCCAGGACGAGCUAGGCGAUGACGGCAUGACUUUGGGACGUUUGAUUGCUCCCUGCCAUUGCGAUGGAAGCAUGCGAUACGUCCACGACACCUGUCUUGAUCAGUGGCGUCGCAAAUCCUCGGCUGCUGAGGCUGCCCGCGUUUGUGGACAGUGUCACGCCCGCUACCGCUUCAAACGCACCCGGUACUCGAACCUCAUAGCCUUUGUACAGGCCAGUCAGAUGCUUCGCAUUCUUUUCUGCGUCUUUGUUAUCUUUGUGACCUCUUUCGUCUUUGGCGUACUUGCCUUACUGUCUCUUCGAAUGGUAGCCUCGCUCAAAGGUACUCCUCUUGCUUUCGUCCGAGAUGCUGCCCUUCGCACGGUACAGCUCGACAAGAGACAUUGGAACAUCACUCUACACCAAGACGAAGCCAUUGCCGAUGUAUGGCUGCCCUCAGAUCUCUUGCAACUGAACCGAGGUGGCUUGACCUACCGCAUCGAUAACGAAAUCUACGGCAGGGCCGACUUGGAAGUUUUUGCGCGCGUAAGACAGGAGCAGCUCCACAACCCUGCCUACUGGAAGCUGGUCAAGAAGCCUCUAUCGACCUAUCGGUCCAAUUACACUGAUACCAUGAUCGUUCGCGCAAAGCUUCGAUCUGGCGAAGAUGUCUCUGAGGAACUUGACCGUAUUUCUCGCGGCCUGCCGCUAUUUCCCCUGGAAGACUGGUAUCAUGAUGCGACACCAGACCAAUUGCAAAAUUCGACCACUACUUCUACUAGCAGCGGUGCCGCCCCUAGUUCUUCAUCCAGUCGACAGAUGCCGUUCAAUCUGGUACCGUCUCUCCGUGAGAGGCUGGUUGGAUCCGACUUGAAGUUCGGUUUCAACUUGCCCUACAUGUCACCCAGGAGCAAAGCCAACAGCGAUGCCACUGACCAAGAGGAUAUUGAAGUAUGGCAGCGACAAAACCUGACCGUCAACUAUGUUUACGAACGGUCGCCGGGCGACGUCUACCCUGAUCCUGCCAAGCAUUUCUUGGUGCGUGGUCUUCCAGAGUGGCUUGGCUUUGCGCGCUACAUCCCGUAUGGGCUUGUGCUUGCCAUGAUCGACCGCUUUUAUUUCGUCAUCAGCGUAUUCCAGCCAUGGUGGUCGUCGAUUGCCAGGUCGGCACUGCAGCUGGCAUUGCUUCUCAUGGAAUCGCAUAGGGAGCUCAUGUGGUGCGCAAGCAAGGCGGCUGUUGCUGGGCUCAUCGCAUACAUCGAUGUCGAGUUCGAGCCUGUACGGUGGAAUCCAGACAAUGCUGUGGUCAUCGGACCUCGGAGGACGCGGAACCGUCAAGUGGCUGCUGUGGUGAGAGAGGUACUGGUACUGACCGCGGACAGCGUCUUUGGUCCUCUAUGGCUCAACUGGUGGGGCGGCUAUUCAUUGUCGGUGUACAUGGCGCCACGGCAAUUCAUGACGACGGAACGCGUCGAGAUGACACAGCUAGCGGCUGUCUUUGCACCUGCUAUCACGUUGCUCGUCGAUGUUGCCGUUGGCGGUAUUGCUUUCUUUAGCGAGUCUGCGGCCAAGUUUCAGAAGACGCAUACUACAAGAUGGACGCAGGCGGACUGGGUUCACAACGACUAUUCGGCCUCUGAGGGCUACCGUCGCAUGCUCGCAACACUGCUCGGCGAUGAAGGUGCAAGCCAGGCUUCGCUGUAUGAUCUCUGGUUGGAAACGCGUCGGUCUCGACUGCUACCUGGACGAACGCGACCACUGAGGAUGGCAUUGAUGCCGAAGUUGAGCACAUGGCUGACAGUCAUGCUGCUCGGCUGUCUGGUGACUAUUACGGUAGCGCUGCUGAUCGCUACCAAGCUAGCGUGGGAUACAACCAUCUCGCACUUUGCGAGGCAGGCAUGGCGUUCGUUGGUGUGCAUCUACCAGCUGAUCAUGCAUUCUGGCGGUUUCUUCCGUCAGCUCUGGCGACAGACCUGGGAAACGUCGCUGUCGAUCGCUCGAUACACUGCCCAUAAAGUCGCCGCACUAGCUUCUCAGCUGUUGCGAAGCGUGAAAGGGUUGAUACCAGGGCAGCGCGAUGUCGGUGCGCACGAAUCAAUCGGCGCUGAGGUAGAACACGACCUUGGCGCUGCUGCGAAUCAAGCACAGGCACAAGCACCAGAAGAGGAGGUACCGAUCCCGGAACCUCUUCAAAACGAUCCCUUUCUACAAGGUGCUCACAUGGGCCUUUUUGGCGCUAUCCUCGGUCACGUUGCUUCGAUCUACGGCUGCAUCCACGCCUUUGUGUUCACUAUGCGCUUUAUCUUGGUUUACCUGCCGUUCGAACCAUUCAUGAUCAUGUACACCGUAUUGCAGAAGCUCAUUCAGGUGGACGUGGCGAACACCGAGGUGUUGGAUAGAGAGGAUCGGGCGAGAUAG